AUGACGUCCCGAGUGAGUCCUCGGACUUCAGAAGUAAAUGCCUUAGAACAACGAGGUUAUUUCAUAGGCAAGAAAAUAGGACAAGGCUCCUAUGCCACUGUCCAUCUUGCCGAUUACGUGGAUGGCCAAAGUCCGCGGAAGAUGCGACUUGCUUGCAAGAUAUUCGACAAAGAAAAGGCGCCGAAGGAUUUCCUAGAAAAGUUUUUCCCUCGCGAGUUGGAAAUUUUGACAAAAAUAGAGAACACAAACAUAAUUCAAGUUCACAGCAUAUUGCAACGAGGACCACGCGUCUUCAUCUUCAUGCGCUAUGCGGAUAAUGGCGACCUUCUGGACUUCAUAAAGCGCAACGGAAUAGUACCAGAGCAACAGGCCAAGGUUUGGUUCAAGCAGAUGACACUUGGACUCCAAUACUUACAUGGCAAGAACAUUGCACACCGGGACCUCAAGUGCGAAAACAUACUCCUCUCCCGCAGGUUCAACGUGAAACUUGCGGACUUCGGCUUCGCGCGGUUCUGCGUGGACCAGAAUGGACGUCGAGUGCUCAGCCACACGUACUGCGGUUCGGCAGCUUACGCGGCUCCGGAGGUUGUCAGUGGGACCCCUUACAACCCGAAGCUCGCCGACGUGUGGUCGCUCGGCAUCAUCCUGUACAUUAUGCUCAACGCCGGCAUGCCGUUCGAUGACUCGAAUCUCCGCAGGCUUCUCAAGGAUCAGAUGGAACGCAACUGGGUUUUCCGAACGCGCGUGCGGGACACGCUGUCGGCUCAGGCCAAGGCCCUGGUGAGACACAUCCUGGAGCCGGACAUCACGCUGCGCAUCACGGUGGACCGCAUCCUCAUCCACGAGUGGCUGCGGGCGCGGAAGGACCGCUCCCUGGCGACGAGAAGCGGUACCACGCCGCUGCCCUCGGUCAGCUUCCAGUCCAGGGGGUCGGUCGUGUCGCGGGCCACCGCCCCUCCACCGAGUUCAGUCGCCAGCAAGGCGCGCUGACUCGUCGUGACUGGGCGGAAGCUUUCCAACCUGUUCAGCAGAACGUCACGAACAGCGUCAAGUGCGACUGUAGCCUAAAGGCGAGAAUCUCAUGGAACCAAACUGCUAUUGUGAGGAUUAAUUUCUGAUUUGCGUCGCCUUCUUUUUUCUCUAUUGUGGAAAGAUGUAUCUCAAAAUGAACCACCCACAAUAUUGACAUCAAUGGAUUCUUCUGCUUACGCUUAUA